UUGAUAUAAAAUGGUAAAAUUAUGGGUUUGUUUGGUUCUUUAUUUUGUUGGCUACAAAUUGUUAAUGUGGUUUUAAUUUGAAUGAAUGCACAUUUGCCGGAAAUGAAGUGUGUGGCAGUUGAAUGGCGGUAAUUAAAUACAACGGAGGCGGAGGAGGAGGCGGAGGAGGUAUAAUCAGCGGUGUGGUUCGCCGGAAAAAGCUUAGUCGUAAACCAAGCCUAUUAUGGAUUUGGGUUUUACUUCUUUUGGCUAUUUUCUUCAUUUCUCUUUCAGUUUUUGGCAUCAAAUUCCAACUUCCAGGUAAUUUAGAAAGUUUGGAGAAAUUGGGUGAUAGUAGAAUUCUUAAUACAAGUAGUAUUAGUGUUCCAAAGCAGCAAGAGUUGUCUGGAUCUAAUGUUAAUGUCUCAAAAUCGAAGCCGAAAAGGCAUGCUCCUUGUGAAAUCGAUUUCUCCGAAUCAGUUAAUUAUGUUAUCGAGCCCCGAUAUUUGAACAAUUUCACCCAGUUUUCACUUCAAUAUGUGGCUAUGGAGGAGAAACCGAAAAAUUUUAAAUUUAGAUUUGGAGGACAUCAAAUGGUGGAACAACGCGAGAAAUCUUUCUAUGCUACCAAUCAAACACUUCAUUGUGGUUUUGUUAAAGGACCCCCUGGACUUCCCAGUACGGGAUUUGAUUUAGAUGAAAAGGACUGGGAAUACAUGAGUUCCUGUCGAGUAGUCGUUUCUUCUUGCAUCUUUGGAAGCUCUGACUUUCUGCGCAGGCCUACAACCAGAAAAAUCAGUGAAUUUUCCAAGGAAAAUGUUUGCUUUAUCAUGUUUGUGGAUGAAACAACGCUAUCUAAAUUGUCUUCUGAUGGUCAUACACCUGAUGAUAGCGGACACGUUGGCCUUUGGAGAAUAGUUGUUGUCAGGAACUUACCAUAUGAGGACAUGCGGAGAACUGGAAAAGUGCCAAAGUUUUUAUCACAUCGCCUCUUCCCUUCUUCUAGUUACUCUAUUUGGCUUGAUAGUAAGAUGCGACUCAAUGCUGAUCCGAUGUUGAUACUUGAAUACUUCUUGUGGAGGACAAGAUCAGAGUAUGCCAUUUCAAAUCAUUAUGACCGUCAUUGUGUCUGGGAUGAGGUACUCCAAAAUAAACGUCUGAACAAGUACAAUCACACUGCGAUCGAUGAGCAGUUUUACUUUUACCAGUCUGAUGGUCUAACGAAGUUUGACUCUUCAGACCCAACUGCUCCUCUUCCAAGUUAUGUACCAGAAGGUUCAUUUAUUGUACGGGCUCAUACACCGAUGUCAAAUUUAUUUUCAUGCCUCUGGUUUAAUGAAGUUGAUCGCUUUACCUCUCGUGAUCAACUUAGUUUUGCAUAUACUUAUUUAAAACUGAGGAGAAUGAAUCCAGAUCAACCAUUCUACCUAAACAUGUUCAAGGACUGUGAACGUAGAGCACUGACAAAGCUCUUUCACCAUAGAAUAUUGCCACCGCCGCCAUCUGGUCCUUAAAUCAUUAAAAUACUAUUUUACAGAUGCAUAUGGACUGAUGUUUAAAUUGAAUGGAGAAAAACGUGACACUCCUUGCGAUCAAUUUUUGGAGCAUAAGAUGAAUCCGGUCUGAGCCGUGAGCGGGGGUUGUGAGAGAGGAUGAGAUUGAUUAGGUGAUGGCCCGAUUUGCAUGGUAAAUGACUGCUCAAGUAGUUUUGAGGAUGGAGAAAUGUGUUUUCUGGGCUAAUUGGUUUAAUAAUGCAAUUGCAGAGAUAAUAAAGCAUUUGGGAGGGCAUUUGUGGGCUACACUAUAGUUGUUCAUUGAGGCUCCAAAUCUAGAGACUGGAUUACAUUUUUUCAUUUGUUUUUGAAUAAAAUGAAAUUCCAACACUUAAAUUUUGUUUUGCUUGCAUACAUUUAUGGAAGCAGCUUAUUUGUGUUGGUGAAGAUUAUUGAGUGUUGAAGAAGUAAUGAAGUUGCUUUGUUGUAUCA